CACCUGAAGCCGCACGACAUUUGCGACAACAUCUCGAUACCUUUGUCCGGCUCGCGCAACAGCACAAAUUGCGGUUCACGAGUGGUUCCCUUCACUGGUGCGUGCACAGGCGCGGCCCGCGGUAGCUGGAGGGUCUGUCCUUUGUCCAACCGCACAUUUCGCCGCCCCUCCUUUUCUUAGUUCUGGGUUGUCGCUCCACAGAAUCCCCGCGCCUGACGGCAACGUUCUAACUGAACCGAGUCUCCAACGAUGGCGCAGGCAGUAAACCGCAUCCGUGGGGCCUUUGCGCCCCCGCGUAAAGGCGAGACAUUCGAGCUGCGGGCGGGCCUGGUAUCGCAGUAUGCCCACGAGCGGAAGGAGGCCAUUCAGAAGACCAUCAUGGCCAUGACGCUGGGCAAGGACGUGUCGGCGCUGUUUCCGGAUGUCCUCAAGAAUAUCGCGACGUCCGAUCUGGACCAGAAGAAGCUGGUCUAUCUGUACCUGAUGAACUACGCAAAGUCGCACCCGGACCUCUGCAUCCUGGCCGUGAACACCUUCGUACAAGACUCAGAAGACCCGAACCCCCUAAUCCGAGCACUGGCGAUCCGAACCAUGGGCUGCGUCCGUGUCGACAAGAUGGUGGACUACAUGGAGGAGCCGCUGCGUAAGACACUGCGGGACGAGUCGCCAUACGUUCGCAAGACGGCCGCCAUUUGCGUGGCCAAGCUCUUCGACCUCAACCCAACUAUGUGCAUUGAGAAUGGCUUCCUCGAGAUACUGCAGGAGAUGAUUGGCGACCCAAAUCCUAUGGUCGUGGCCAACUCUGUCCAGGCACUGUCGGAAAUCAGCGAGACAGCACCCGAGACCAAGGCCCUGGUCAUUACACCCAACACGCUCAAGAAGCUGCUUAUGGCCUUGAAUGAGUGCACCGAAUGGGGGCGGGUGACCAUUCUGUCCACGCUCGCAGACUACCCACCCUCAGACGUCAAGGAGUCGGAGCACAUCUGCGAAAGAGUUGCGCCCCAGUUCCAACACGUCAACCCCAGCGUCGUCCUGGCGGCCGUCAAGGUGGUGUUCAUCCAUAUGAAGCUGAUCAACCCCGAGCUGGUCAGGCAAUAUCUGAAAAAGAUGGCACCUCCUCUGGUAACCCUCGUUUCCUCCGCCCCUGAAGUGCAAUACGUUGCUCUCAGAAAUAUCGAUCUCCUCUUGCAGGCGAAGCCGGACAUUCUUAGCAAGGAGCUCAGGGUGUUCUUCUGCAAGUACAACGACCCGCCGUACGUCAAGCUCCAGAAGCUUGAGAUUAUGGUCAGGAUAGCGAACGAGAAAAAUUUUGACCAACUGCUCUCCGAAUUGAAGGAGUAUGCGCUCGAGGUCGACAUGGACUUUGUCAAGCGCGCAGUCAAGGCUAUCGGUCAAGUGGCCAUCAAGAUUGAAGCAGCAAGCGAGACGUGCGUUAAUGCCCUCCUCGACUUGAUCGCGACCAAGGUCAACUAUGUUGUCCAAGAGGUCAUUGUGGUUAUCAAGGAUAUUCUCCGGAAGUAUCCUGGCUACGAGGGGGUUAUUCCCACCCUCUGCAAGUACAUCGACGAGUUGGACGAGCCGCAUGCUCGGGGGUCUCUGAUCUGGAUCGUGGGAGAAUAUGCCGAGAAGAUCAGCAACGCGGAUGCCAUAUUAUCCGGCUUUGUUGAUCUUUUCCAGGAGGAGUUCACCCAGACACAAUUACAAAUUCUGACUGCGGUGGUGAAGUUGUUCCUCAAAAAGCCGAGCAACAACCAAGGCUUGGUGCAAAAGGUCCUCCAGCUGGCAACGGCCGACAGCGACAACCCGGACAUUCGCGACCGCGCAUACAUCUACUGGCGCCUGCUCUCCGGUGAUCUCGACGUCGCCAAGAACAUCAUACUUUCGCAAAAACCAGCCAUCACCACCACCGUCACCAGCCUCCCGCCCGUACUCUUAGAACAGCUCCUCUCCGAACUCUCCACGCUCGCCUCGGUCUACCACAAGCCGCCCGAGUCGUUCGUCGGCAAGGGCCGCUUCGGCGCCGAGGCGAUCCAGCGCGCCGCCAUCCAGGAGCAGCGCCAGAACCUUGCCGAGAACCCCAUCGCGGCGUCUGUGGCUGCCGCCGCCGCGAACGGCACGGGGGCCGGUGGCGGGGCGCAGAGCAAUAUUGAGAACCUCCUGGAUAUCGACUUUGACGGGGCUGCGCCGGCGAGCGCGGAGCAGAACCCUGCUGGGACGGGUACGCCCGACCGGGUGGCGAGCCCGGUCGGGACAAAUGGGGUGGGGGCGGCGCCGAGUGGUGGGAUGGCGGAUAUCAUGGGCUUGUUUGAUGCACCGGCGCCGGGAGUGUCCGCGCAGGGGGGACCUGUCGCUGCUGGCGCUGGUGGUGGGCUGAGUGAUUUGAUGAGUGGCUUUGCGGGCAUGGAUCUGAGCGGGAAUAGUGCGCCGCCGCCGCCUGGGCAGCAGUUGGGGCAUGGGAACGGAAAGGCUGCGGAGCAGAGCAAGGGGAGUGAAGACCUAUUGGGGUUGUUUUGA